AUGUUUAUUUUUCAUUCCAUCAGCGAGAGGCUAGUGACCUUGCGUUGACAACAGAGUCUAUGUUACAUAUUAAAAACAAUCUUACCGAGAAACUAAAAACCGAUUCGAGUAGACACUGGGCAUAGAUUGAACUCGCAUGUGACGUUUUCAUGUAAAUCAUGCGGCUUUCAUUGUGGGUGUACAUCGUAGACGGGUAGAGACUCUGUGAUUUUGACAAAUACACCAAAGGCCUGAUGUCCUUUUAAAUCUUUGUUAAUAUGAAUAGAAUAUAGAAUGUAUUUAAUGUUAGCACAUUGGUAUCAACUAUAGCACAUUUGAUGCGUAUAACUCGGUGUGAAUUAUAGAGAAGAUAUAAUAGAAAAUAGUGAAUGAGAAUUCACAGAAGGUCCUAACAGUUAAUAUCGCGUUCAUACCUCGUUAACUGACAAAGAUCCCGCACGUCAUACCUCGAUAAACCUGUGUCACUCCGACAGAACCAUCCUCGGUGACCUGUUGAAGAUUUAAAAUGAAGAGUCACUUGUGAUUUUCACGUGUAGAUUGGAUUAACAACAAUAUGACAUGGAUCUUUUCAAUAAGACACGACAAGGGUGUUGACGAAAUCUUUUGAAACGUGGACUUUACGGUAGGCGAUAGUUGUGGACAAGUUUCUGGUGCUAUUUGAACUACAUUACUUCGAUACAGAGAUUCCAACCCCCAAUACAUACCAAGUUUCCAAGCCGUUAGCAUCCAGCGCGUCAAAAGUUCUGAAUUUCAAAGGUGGACACGUUUCUAAAACUAAGACAUCAAAACUGAAAGUAAAGUGAUAUUUAACAAAGGGUUGUAGCGUCCAGUCAAAAGACUAUGACGUCAGCGUCUUUUUCUGGACGUUUCCAAAAGUACCCGUGGAUAUCAGAACAACACCUGACGCGAUGAUUCUGUGACAGGGACACUGUUGGUGCCCUAAUCAAGUCGCCUGGACGUUCACACGAUGUGCUGUGGCACCUCCUCUCUUUGGGUGAGGUUGUCUCUCGUCCUCAUCAUCAUCGGGUUUAUAUUCGAGACAGUAGGAUUCGCUACGGCAACCUGGAUGUUCAACAAUACAAAUGGCGAAAUAAAGAUAGGACUCUGGAUCUCCCAGACCUGUAGUGGAUCCGUGUGUACAGACUCCGAGGUCCCGUCGUCAUACAAGGACGACAAGUUCAGAGCCACCCAAGCUAUAGAGAUCCUGGCCUUCAUCAUGUACCUAGUCGCGCCCUUCCUUAUUGGGGCAUUCGUCUUCUUUGAGGCCGCCAGAGGCCAAAGGUUGGUCAUCGUAUGCAUGGUCGUCUGUUUCGUAAUAGGAGGUUUGCUCGGCGUUGGACUGAUAGUUUGGAUGGUUUAUGUUCAGUCACAGACUGCAUUCAGCGCUGGUUACUCCAUGGGACUGACAAUUCUGGCAGGGAUCCUCGCUGUUUUCGCAGGACUUCUCUUCAUUCCGGAAACGGGCGAUGAUGACGAGUACGAGGAUCGUGUAUUCAAAUCACGUGCUGUGACGCCACAACACUCACGUCAUCACUCGUCACGUCGGGUGCACGUGAGGUCUAUAUCCUCAUCUGACGAGUCUUCGCGUGAAUCGACGCCAAACUAUUACUCCUCUCGUCAGUCCAGGAAGACUUAUGACUCCAUGCCAUCUCCCAUGGAAACCCCAAAAACGUAUGACUCCAUGCCCGCCCCUAUGCCACAGACAUUUUCGGAGAGUGGAAUUUCCACUGGACGGAACUUCCGACCGCCGACAUUUAAUGACGUUUCCACCAUUACGUUUCAGCGAGACCGUGUGGGCUGAAAAAUAAUUAGCAUCCGUUUAAUCAUUGCCCUGUAUUUUCAUAUUGAGAGAAAUGUAUAUAUAGUCUAUAUAUAAACGAUGUAUUAUGUU